CCAUCUAUGGGUUAUGUCUUAUGUUGUCAUUCAUUGCCAUUCAUUGAUUGUAUCGACAAAUCUAUAUAUCUUUAGUUUGACUGUUUGUAUCGGCACUGGUAUUGUCUAUCGAGAUGUUGUCCCGUCUAUUAUUUAAUUCAAAGAACCUAUGGUUGUCCGGUAAGAGUGUGCAACCAGUGCUGACCCGAAGUUUGUCUUCAAUAACACAACACGAAGUCAAUGUGAAUCCGCCAUUAUUACCGAAAUUAUACGAUGCGGCCGACGCACCACCAGAAACCAUAUCUUUUGAUCCGAGAAAGGAAUCGUUGGAAGAGUUUCUUAAUAUUCGUUUUGGUGUCGAUAUGCCGACCAUUAACGACGAUAAAAAGCCCGAACGUGAUGUGAAAAAUUUUCCGCGAAUCCCGGCACCCAUUUGGCCCGAUCGCACCCGACUCUAUGUGUUACCCGAUUCAUGGUUUAACUACUUUUAUGAGAAGACAGGAGUGACCGGUCCUUAUGUUUUUGGAUUUACUUUUAUUACAUUUUUGAUGUCAAAAGAGAUUUAUAUCAUUGAACACGAGUUCUGGACCGGACUAUCGCUAAUCAUAUUGAUCUCUGCCGUCAAUCUUAAGUUUGGUCCCAAACUCAGGGAAAUGUAUGGCCGAUGGCAGGAUGAUGAAGUGGUUCUUUGGGAUGAAUGGCAGUCAGGAAUGAAAAAGUUUUUGAAGAAUAUGAUUGACUCGGAAAGUAAAUCUCAAGAAUUGGCUAAACAACAGAAGAUAUUAUUUGAUGCCAAGAGAGAGAACAUUAAACUUCAAUUAGAAACUGAGUUCAGAAGGAGACAAAUGAUGGCCUAUAAUGAGGUUCGCAAUCGUUUGGAAUACUUGUUGGCCAAACAGUCAUCAGAGAGACAGUACCAACAACAACAUAUGGUCAACUGGAUCAUCGAUGGUGUCCUCAAAGGUAUUACAGCACAACAAGAGAAGGAAGUCCUACAAAAAUGUUUGACUGAUUUGAAACAAUUGUCGACUAAAAACAAAAUAUCUCUCACAUAAAAAAUUAAUUAAUGGGUUUAAUAAAAUAGCAAUUAAAUAAUUAUAAGAUUAAAAUUUAAUUUAGAAAAUGUUCAUUUAAUUUGUUAAUAUUUUUAUUUCUUCUUUUUUAAUGGCUUACAAUCUCUAAAGGUUUACAAUAAUAUAAAACUAUUGAGUGAAGUGGAAAAUUAGGUUAAAACAAGCAAUCAAUCGAUGCUAAGACUCAAUAGUUUGUUUUAGAUUUGAAAUAUACUUUAAUUUAGUUUUUAAGCUCCAGAGAGAUUGCGAGACAUGAAAAGUUAUUUACAUGUAUUACAUGUAUUUUAAUUAUGAAAAUUGAAAAAUGUUUGUAAAAAUAUUAUAAAACACGAAUA